GCAAGGACAGGGGAGCCUCCCGCUGGAGAGGAGAUACUCUGAGACUCAGCUCUUUUGUUUCAGGAUGGACAGAAAAUGACAGGCUGGCUGUCUCUCCCUCUCUCUGCACUGGCAGGAUUGCCAUGUAUCGACAACAUUCCAGAGUUCAUCUGAUGAGAUUUCACCCCUGAGCUUGUCCAAUUCUUUCCUCUCCACCUUCACAAUUGCUGUUCGAUGCAGAUAAGCAUCAUGGGAAACAUAAUCCAGUGCUGUCAAACACUAUCAAACUACUUCAAGUUUAAGGAUGCGGCGGCCCAAGGUGAGGCGGAGAGAUCCCCUCUGCUUUCCAGCGACGACAGUGAAUGUGAAUCUCAGAGCCUGCCAGAGGACUUGGAGGACGAUCUGUUAUCCAUUAUCUCCACCGGCAUCACAAACCCAGCUCUAGAACCAGAGCACUUCCUGUUUCCUGACAUCAUCCUAAGCAGCAACCUGGGAGGGGAUGUGACUCUGGUGGAGCCGAUGGUGUGUCUGCUGGUGUCUGAGGAGGAGGAGGGAGUGAGGACGCUUGAGCCAGGAGAUGAAGCACAAGAGUGGAGAAACAGGUGGAGAAACAGGGAGUUUUCUGAGGUUGAGACACAGACCGAAGUGGAGACACAUAUCGGUAUGGGGGUGCAGACCCAGACUGAGUCACAGGAGGAGGUUCAGGCACUAACUGAAAUACUUGUGUGUAAUGCUGAGACUGUGGAGAGAGAAAUAACAAGGGGGAAGGUCGUGGAACAUGAAAUAUUAAAACAGGUGGAUGUGCUCUUGGAGGCACAAACAUCACAAGGGAGACACUCCAAUAUUUUUACUAUAAUGGCAUCAGAGAAACAAGAGAGAAGGAUGGAUUUUGGAACCUGGUCUGACAUGACAGAGGAAGACAACAUGCCUUUCAGUGAUAUAGGCAUGAAAGGUGAACAGGAAGAACUGAAAGAGACUAUCAUCCAUGAGGAACUGACUUCCACUUUAACAAAACAUACAUUUCAAACUGAACAAAACACCAAGCAAAUAGAGCAGCUAAGCGCUGAUGAAGAAAAUGUAUUGUUGCAAAAGGAUGCUGCUGCUCUUCAGGACAUUUCAAACUUUGCCCUGACAGAGCCGACACAGGAGAAUGUUAGUGACACAGAACAAAAUAUCGAACCAAAUCACACUUUAGUGACUGAACACAACAACUGUAUGGAUGACAACAUUGAGUCACAGAAAGACCUUCAGACAACAAAACGCAGCAUCAAAAGUGUUGAACUUGUGGACAUUGUUGACCCUGCUGAGUGUUGUGUAGAGCCGACACAACAGAGCAAUCAGGAUGAUGAACAGAUGGACCAGGCCACUGUGAUGUUGUAUCAUAAUGAUGAUGCAAAGGACAGUAAUGUUUUCCCAACAGACACAAACCACACAGAUCAGUCUGAUUUAAAUGCAGAUCAUAUUCAAUGUCAGGACCCAGAAAAGAGGGAAGAGGAGGGUGACAACGAGACAGCUCUGCCACAGGUGGAGGAGGAAGAGACUGAGAUAAAGCAAACCUUGUUUUUAGUUGACCGGCUGUUUCUGGCAGCACCACAUGUCAAAGCACCUCCAUGUCAGACUGAAGAAAGCCAUGAGGAUGAUGGUCAACAGCAGUCUGAUGCUGAUAAAAGAAAAGUCAGCAUCAGUGAUGUAGUUGAUCUCCAGGAGCCAGACUUUACCGUCAGGAUUCAACCUCCUGCUUCAGAAAGCUUUGAGCUCCAGGUGUCAGGCCAGAUGGUUGUGGCGGAGCUGCAUCAGGUGCUGAUGGAGCACGAGGUCACCUGCCACCUCACAAGCUUCUCCCUCCAGCUGGGAGGCACCGCGCUCGACAGCCAAUCCGAGCUACGCUCCAUACAGGGGAUCCAGGACGGAGCGCUGUUCAAGGUGGUGGAGGAUUCUUACACUGUGCGUGACGCUCGUCUUCAUCUCAGACAUGUUCGUGAUCUUCUGAAGAGCCUCGACCCUGCAGAUGCAUACAACGGAGUCAACUGCAGCUCACUCUCUUACCUCACUCUUUACACCAGAGGCAAGGACAGUGACAGUGUGGGGACCAGGCGAGCUUCUGAAAAGGAGUCUGUUGACUGCAGCCCUCCAGAAUACCUCCUCCCUGGAUGUAAGGAACGACCACUUACCCCACUGCAGCCGCUCAGAGAUGACUGGAAGCCGUUACAGUGCCUGCGGGUUCUGACCAUGAGCAGCUGGAACCCUCCUCCAGGAAACAGGAAGAUGCAUGGGGACUUGAUGUACCUCAAUGUCGUGACUAUGGAAGACAAAGAACUCAACAUUACAUCAUCUACACGUGGUUUCUACCUCAACCAGUCAACUGCCUUCAACUUCAACCCUAAACCUGCAGUUCCCAAAAUCCUUUGCCACUCUCUAGUCGAGCUGCUGAGUCAAGUAAGCCCUGCUUUCAGGAAAACCUUCAGUGCCCUGCAGAAGAAGAGAGUCCAGCAACACCCUUAUGAGCGGAUUGCAGCACCUUUCCAGGUGUUCACCUGGAUCGCCCGUUAUGGAGAUCACACCCUGGACUGUGUCAGAGCAGAGGAGACUCACACCAGUCACAUGGGCCAGGACGAGAACACAGCUGGGCAGAGUCGAGACUGGAAUGAGGAGCUGCAGAGAUGCAGGGAACUCCCCAGGAACUCUCUUCAAGAGCGCCUGCAGAGAGAGAGGAGCUUAUUCAAGGCGAACAGUGAUUUUGUGGCCGCUGCAACACGGGGAGCUGUAGCCGUUAUCGACGGUAAUGUCAUGCCAUUAAACCCCGGGGAGGUGCCUCAUAUGCAGAUGUUCAUCUGGAACAACUUGUUCUUCAGCCUCGGGUUCGACAUAUCCGAGCACUACCUCCCACUAGGGGGCAACACUGCUGCUCAUGCUGCUGCCGUCUGUGACCUGAGGGGGGCACAGGCUUAUGCAUCUGUAGACAUAGAGGGGCUUCACACACUGGGAACAGCUGUGGUGGAUUAUCGUGGCAUCCGUGUUAUCGCUCAGUCCAUCGUACCUGGGAUACUGGAGAAAAACCAGGAGCAGGAGAGUGUAGUCUAUGGCUCCAAUGACUACGGGAAAACUGUUUUUACACACCCCAGGUUUCUGGAGCUUCUAGAUAAAACCAGUAAACCUCUGAGAAUCCAGCGUCACCAGGUGCUCGACCACAACAACAGCCCCGUGGAGCUAUGUUCUGGCAUCGAGACCAAAGGCAUUCUGGGUAAUGAUGGAAGACCCUACAUCUUGGACCUUCUCCGGACCUUUCCCCCUGACCUUAACUUCCAGUUAUCACAGACAGAGGAGAGGGGAGAGGUGCCCGAGGAGUGUCAGAGCUUUGGUUAUCCUCGGAGGCAUCAUCACAGCCUGGCCAGCCUGAGACCAGAGCUGAUAGAUGCCUUCGUCCAGCACAGGUAUGAACUUUAUCUCAAGAUGGUGUCCCAGGGCCUCGUUCAGCGGGAAGAGGAAGAUAAAGCCUCGGGGCAGAGUGAAGAGUCGGUCUGUGAGCCGAGAACUGGAGAUACAAGCAGAGCCAGUGCUGAGAUGGAACACCAGACAAGGACUGGGAUUAUGAAAGCUUGUGAGGCUGUCGGAUCAGUGAGUGACUCCUGCUUCGACAUCCGCUUCAACCCUGAUGUUUGCUCCCCAGGUGUUCGUUUCUCCCCUGAGUGUGUUCAGGAGGUGCAGAGGCAGAGACGGUUGUUAUGGGACGCCGCUGCUUUUCUACUGUCCAAUCAGAUUCCAGCAGUGCUGAAGGACUGUUUAGACCACACAGCAGUGCCGAUGGAUGGAGCGACCCUGACCUCCGUGCUGCACCAGCGGGGGGUGAACGUGCGCUACCUGGGCACCCUGCUGAGGGAGCUGGACAGGGGGGAGGAAAGAGGGAGACUCAGCCACAUCCAGAGAAUUUCUAUCAGUGAAGUCAUCAUCAGAAGUGCAAAACACAUCUUCAGGACCUAUCUACAGGAUGUAGAACCUGCUACUUUCUCCGCUGCUGUCAGUCACUUCCUAAACUGCCUCCUGAGCUCCUCCUCCAGCUUCCCCGACUCCUGCUCAGAUGAGCUGCUCUCUCGCCGCAGGAGCCGGCGGAGGAGGAGCCACGGGAGUCGAGUUGCCAUGUUGAAAGAAAGCGUUUGGGCCAGACUGACCCCCAGCGAGCUGUGGGGCCGGAUCAGGACCGAGGCUGGAGAUUAUUACCACCACUCAUUAGACAGUGAAAGUAUGGAUGAUGUCAUAGAAAAACACGGCCUUCAGAGGAUCUCCCUACUGAGAGAAAUGGCCAUCAAGACAGGAAUCCAGGUGCAGCUGAGGGAGUAUGUGUUUGAGGCGCGACACAAGCCGGUGUUUGGUGAGGAAGAUGUUGUUAACAUGUUCCCUGUAGUCAAACAUAUCAAACCUACAGCAUCGGACGCCACAAGGCUUGUGCAACAAGCACAUGUAGCAGUACAGCAGGGGCUUCUCAACGAGGGCUGUGAAUUGAUCAGCCAGGCCCUGACUCUGUUCAGCAGCGUAUGUGGGGUCCUGCAUGAGGACGUGUGCAUGUGCCUGCGUCUCCUGGGACGAAUCUGCUACAUCCUGGGGGAAUAUGCAGAUGCCCUCAGCCACCAGGAAAAGGUUGCUAUUACUAGUGAGAGAAUACAAGGUAUAGACCAUCCUCAGACCAUACAAGACUAUAUUUUUCUGGCCCUGUACUGCUUUGCUGGAGGCCAGCUUUCGAUCUCCCUGCAGCUGCUGUAUCGUGCUCGGUACCUCACCCUGCUCAUGUGCGGAGAAGACCAUCCACAGGUCUCCAUGCUGGAUAGUAUGCUGGGUCUAGUACUUCAUGGACUGAUGGAGCAUGAGCUUUCAUUCAAGUUCCUACAGAAUGCCUUAAAUUUAACCUCAAAAUACCACGGUGCCAUGUCCCUGAAGCAUGCACAAAGUCAUCAUCUUCUUGCCACUGUGUUCGAGAGUAAAGGAGAUUUUCGAUCAUCUCUGCAACACGAAAAAGAGGCUUAUUUAAUAUAUAGGAGCCAGGUUGGAGAGAACCAUGACAGCACGAAGGAAAGCUCGGACUACCUGAAGAGGCUCACUCAGCAGGCUGUGGUCUUACAGAAAGCCAUCAACCAUAUAUACAGUAACACGCCUAGUGCCUGUAUUCAACCUCCAAAGUUUGCCACACCAAGUCUUUCCUCAAUCCUUCAGCAGCUCAACCUGACAUGUGGAAUCAUUCUCAUUCCCCUCAGUGCGAAAGAAGUUGCAGACCUGAGGACUGAACUGAAAGAAAAGGCAAAGAUUAAAGUGGAAGAUCUGGAAAAAAAUACGUAAGAACUGCAGACAAUAAUAUUAAAAUGUGGACCAAAGGGACAUUUACAAUAUAACACAUGUGUAGUCAGUCAGACUCUUGAAAACAACUGCAGACUAUGAGCAAACAAAUGAAAGCCUGGAAAAUUGCUCCUGUUUUCUAGUAGGUAUAAACUUACUUCGACCAAACUACAAUGAACUCUGCAGGCUGUAACUCUGAUGGAAAAUGUGUGUAACUCUCCUUGGUGGGAAAUAAAUGAACUAACCCUGAUAACAUGUCAGCACAGUAUGUUUAGGCCCACUUCUGCUGAUGACAAGAUAUCAUAACAGUGUACUAAAAUAUUUUUAAAUGAUAUGCUCUUAUCUUGCAGUACUAUGUGUGUCUUCCCACUUGUCCCAUGAAUACUUCUCAGAAUAUUUCAGAAAAUAAUCUCUAUGAUUGUUUUGGAUUUGUAUUAUCUGUCCAAUACCUGUUAUCCCUGUUUUGUCACUAAUAUCCAAGUUAUUGUAUGAAAAUAAUAAACAUCUGAGCUUCUUAUGUC